AUGAAGCUGAAAGCUGUUUGUGGGAUAGUCACUCCAGAAGUCCCUAAGCCCGAAAAGGAGGCUGUGCCAGAUGUGGAGCUGAGCUCGAAGACCUGGUCACAGGAGGCCAAGGCCAAGCCCAGGUCCAGACUGGGGCCUGAGGCUGGGGCCCAGCCGUUGGACUUCGUGGUGGCCGCUGAACGGGAGUUUGAGGAGGUUCUGGCCAUCUCGGGCAUCUACCGCGGCCUCGACUACCUUCCCAGCCGCUACCACAGCUGGUUCCAGGAUCCCGACAGCACGGUCGUGCUGGCCAAGCGCAAUGGAGGAGUGAUCGCACUGGAGUCGGUGCACGUGAUCGACGCCGGGGAGACGGCGCUGGUGGAGGGGCUGCGCGUGGCGCCCUGGGAGCGCGGCAAGGGCGUGGCGGGGUUGCUGCAGCGCUUCUGCUCGCAAGUGGUCAAGCGACAGCACCUGGGGGUCAAGGUGGCACGGCUUACCCGGGACGACCAGCUGGGCCCCCGGGAGCUGAAGAAAUACCGCCUAAUCACCAAGCAGGGCAUCCUUUUGGUCCGAUUCAACUCGUCGGCGCCGCUGGCGCGGCUGGGCACGCGGCUGGCGGCGCUGCGGGCCUCUGGCACUUUCUCGCCCUUGCCUAUCGAGGCCGUGUCCGAGGCAGGCGGCGACAUGGCGCGCCUCCUGCUGUCGCCUUUGGUGCAGCGCGACGUGCUUCCGGGAGGGACCAUCAUCCAGGACUGGCAGCCCUACCGGCCGAGCGAGAGCAACCUGAGCCUGCUGGCGGCCAAGGGCCUGGAGUGGCGCGUGGACAGCCGCGCGCGCCCGAGAGUGCUCACGCUGUGCCUGCGCCCCUUCCCCAUCCCGCACGGCGGCGACGGCACGUGGCGCUACCUCAACAUAAACGCCUUCGGUAGCGAUGGCGCGCAGGUGCAGAGCCAGCUCCUGUGGCACUUGCAGCGCCAGGCCCCGCGCCUCGCCGGCCUCAACGUCAUGUGUCAGCUGUUUCUGGCGCCCCAGCUGUGGCCACAACUGGCCGACUUCUGCCAGGCCGGCCUGGGGCUCGAGCUAGUCAAGGGUUACACGGAACAGUACUUGCUGGAGGCCGACAUCUGA